AUGACAGUUCCUAUGGUGAUCGUUGCAUUUCCUAUCUUGAACGCUUACAAGUUUAGUGAAACUGAAUAUACUGGCGUCAAGAUAGUAGAUAGUGCGAUUGGUGGAUUGUUAGGAGUGAUUGGAUGGCCUUUAUCCCCCUUUGUUGCCUUUUGGUCUGUAUAUGAAAAUAUGUUUAAUGAAGAUCCUAAUAAAUUAUCUGAAUUAUCUGAAGAGGCAAAAAUUCAAGUUAGAAGAGCCAUUGGUUUAGAUUAUGAUAGGUUUUAUAACGUAGCUAUUGUAGGAGCUGCAGGCACAGGCAAGAGCUCUCUUGUAAAUGGUAUUCUCGGUUAUCAUGACACAGAUCGUUACGCAGCAGUGAUCAAUGAAGCAGGAAGUACAAUGUUAAAUGAACCUAGAGGUUAUAGACAUCCGGAUUUAAGAAGAAUGGUAUUAUGGGAUAUGCCAGGUGCUGGUACAAUGACACAGAGCCAGACCACCUACUUUGAAGAUAAUUAUUUGUAUGCAUUUGAUUCAUUAAUUAUCGUUACUGCAGAAAGAUUGCAAGAAAUUGAUUUAAAUAUUGCAGCAAAAGCACAAGAGUAUCAUAUUCCUGUUUUAAUUGUCAGAAAUCGUUGUGACCAAAUAAAUGGACUGUACAUAAUUUAA